AAUGGAAUGCAAUAGACGUCAUGAAGUUGUUCGUGUUGUCAAUGAUUUCUAUGCAGGCCUUUAUCUACAUUUAUACCAGAUUUGGGAAGGAGAGGGUAAAACUAUAUCAGACUCAGGCUUUGUCAUCAAAGAUAUUGAAACGAAAGCUAAGAAAUCCCCUCGAGAUGUGUUCCGGAAAUUGGAUGAAUAUUUGAACAAGAAUACUGUUGUGAUAGCAGACAAGUCCAUUGACAUAGGGGGAGACAACUUUGUUAAUGUCUGUGAUGACGGAAAAUGACCUUCCAUGUCAUUUAUACUGUUGAAAAUGUUUGUCAAUAGUUUGCAAUGAUGUUUCUAUUCCACCUAUACAAUGUUCGUACGGAGGACCAUGGCUUCUCGAUUGGUCAAUUAACUAU